ACAACGCUGCCAUCGUGAUUGAAGACACGACCGUGAUAUUCUUUGUUCUAUUCGCUGGUUGUAAACAGAGAAAAUUGCGCAGAGACGGGCCAUUUCUAUUUAAAUGAGUGAGAGAAAUUGGAACGCCUAACGGUCAAGUCCCGCCUUACUUAAGGAAAAGAGCCAAUCACCUUUCAGAGACAGUCAUCACCCGUCAAUCAACUCGCUAACGCGCAUGCGCAUUAGCUAUACAAGUCGGGAAAAUGGCGCGUUUUAGCGUAAACUACGAUUCCAAUAUUUUUCAAAUUCAAAUGCUGCUUUGUAAUAUGUCAUUUGAUCGUAAUCUUGAUCGACCGUUUAUGAUAUUUCGGUGUUCCCCCAUUCAAGGAGAUAGGAGCUGCACUGUCAUGACUGGCAAUGGCCUCGCGAGAGCGUUCCAAAGAUGAACGACAGUGGACUGACUCGCUAGAGAGACUUUGGCGUGAAUCACUUAAGUAGUGGAUCAAAGCGUUCAGUCAGAGCAGCGCGAGAUUCUAUUGGUCAGUCGGCGCUUUUCUCCUAGCAACGGCUUGGGCGGCGUGCCAAUUAGAGUCGAAUACUCCCUGCUGCUCCAUUUAAAUUCUAGAGGGAGGAGCCUAAUGUGAUUGAUGUCUCAGCGGGGCGACAGUGAGCCAAUCAUGUGCCUGGAAGGGACUGGCUUUAAACUGCAUUGAACAUAAUCCAGAGGAGUGAGCCUAGAGAGAGAUCAGUGGCGUAGUGUUACAUUAUUACAUUGUUACAUUGUUUCAGUAAACGGAUGCAUUGUAAACGCGUUUUUCAUGUAUUCCGGUUGAACAAAAAUGGAACAAAUAUAAACAGUUUGCAGGAUAUAGUGUAAUUUAUGCAUAAAUUGUCGACACACAUGUAAGAGUUUUGUUUGAAUGUGUAAAUGUUCCUUCGCAUUAGACUAGUGUAAAGUCUCAUUUCACGCAACCGAGAAUUAAUAGGUUAAAAUAAUGCACCGGAACAACGUGUAUAAAGAAAACUGUGAUCUGCACAACUGCAUUGAGUUCAUUAAAGAUCAGCUAUAUUUUGGUGUUCUUCAUCAGAAGGUCAAGAGUUCACCUGACAGACAUUGUUUCUGCAUCGAUGAAGAGCUCUCAUAUGAAAACUUCUACGCAGAUUUUGGCCCGCUCAACCUGGCCAUGUUUUAUCGCUUUUGUUGCAAACUCAACAAGAAGCUGAAGUCUUGUGCUCAUGCAAAGAAGAAAAUAGUGUUUUACACCUGUGGCGACAGGAAGAAACAAGCCAAUGCUGCGUAUUUGAUCGGCUCUUAUGCUGUCUUGCAUCUACAGAAAACACCAGAGGAAGCUUACGGUCUUCUAGUCUCUCAAAAUGCAUCCUAUCUUCCUUUUAGAGAUGCAUCUUUUGGAGCUUGCAUGUUCAAUCUGAAUAUUCUUGACUGUCUACGGGCCGUUCACAAGGCGCUGCAGUUCGGCUGGUUGGAUUUCUCACAGUUUGAUGUGGAGGAAUACGAACAUUAUGAGAGGGCAGAGAAUGGAGAUUUCAACUGGAUUAUUCCAGGGAAGUUCUUGGCUUUCAGCGGUCCUCAUCCGAAGAGUAAAAUCGAGAAUGGAUACCCUCUUCAUGCCCCGGAAGCGUACUUCCCCUACUUCAGAAAGCAUAACAUCACCACCAUCAUCCGGCUCAAUAAGAAAAUGUACGAUGCCAAGCGUUUCACAGACAUGGGCUUCAAACACCAUGACCUGUUCUUUGUGGAUGGUAGCACGCCCAAUGAUGUCAUCGUCACCAGGUUCCUGAACAUCUGUGAGAAUGCUGAUGGGGCAAUCGCGGUCCACUGUAAAGCUGGUCUAGGUCGAACGGGAACCCUCAUCGCCUGUUACAUGAUGAAACACUUCAAACUGACGGCAGCUGAAGCCAUCGCAUGGAUCCGAAUCUGCAGGCCCGGAUCGGUCAUUGGACCUCAACAGAACUUCACUGAACAGAAGCAGUCCAGUCUGUGGGCAGAGGGCGAUGUGUACCGACAAAAGAUAAAUGAGCAGGAAAAUGGCAUGAGUAAAACAGAAGUGGCUGGAAUCUUGUCUGGAGUUGAAGAUAUCUCCAUCAAUGGAACAAACAAGAACAUCUCAUCGAGAGUAACCACUGAAACGCACACUGAGGAAGAGGACGAGGAAUGUGGAGGUCUUACACAAGGCGACAAACUAAGAGCGCUGAAGAGUAAGAGGCAGUCCAGAGUGUCCACCGGGUCAUUAUCCUCCGAUAAAAGGAAAAGGACCAGAGCUUCGCUUGGAUCCAACAGGACCAGUAGCUCGUUGUUACAGUCAAGACUUGCAAAGUCUUUAGGCAACUUGCACGUAAUGGCCUGUGAAAACGACCAUGUGUUCUCUGAAGUUAAUGGCGCCUCUAUAGCCAACAGUAAUUUCAACAAGCAGUUGAACUUAAAGCACAUAAACCCAGUCGCUACCCAGAGAGCGUCCUCUGCCGUUUCAAAGCAACACUAUGGUCACAGUCUGAGUUUACUCGGCUCAUAACUCCAUCUCCAAAGCUCGCGCUCCGCUUCUGCGCUGAAAACGGCCGUGGACCCAGAAAAGACCAGCGUCAUCGAGACUGCACUAAUAUUCUUCUUGUUUUAUUUCUUAUGGUUUACAUAUUUUGUCUAAGCAGUCUACUAUGAACAUCAAAAAGGAAUCUGUUUGGAUGGGAAAAAGUCCUCAAAUGUUAAUCAUUUAUUUGUAUUUGAGAAAACAAAUCUUUUUAAAUCUGAGAGAGCUUUAAAAUGCUUACGCCUUCUUUUUAUGCCAGUGUACAUAUCAUGCUAUUAUGUUACUAAACCUGUAAUAAUGUUUUAAUAAUAAUGUACCUAAAACAUUAUCUAAGUUACCCUGCAACCAUGUGACAUACUGUAGAUCUAAUGUGAAACAUACUGUGGUACCCAUGACUGAAAUCUGUAUAUAGGCUUAAAUUUAAUAGACAAAGAUUUUUUUUUUUUUUAUGUAAAUACUGCAUACAUUUAUUUUGAUGAUGGACUGAAUUGAAAUCAUGAUGAUUUCACUUAUACAGUAUAUAUAUAACAGGAAAGGAUCUGAAUCAUACCCUUUCAAUAAAUCCUUUCUGCA